AUGGCGAAGACCUACGAUUACCUGUUCAAGCUGCUGCUGAUCGGGGACUCGGGGGUGGGGAAGACCUGUGUCCUGUUCCGCUUCUCCGAGGACGCCUUCAACUCCACUUUCAUCUCCACCAUAGGAAUUGACUUUAAAAUUAGGACCAUAGAGCUCGAUGGCAAGAGGAUUAAGCUACAGAUAUGGGACACAGCUGGUCAGGAGCGGUUUCGGACGAUCACAACGGCCUACUACAGGGGUGCAAUGGGCAUCAUGCUGGUCUACGACAUCACCAACGAGAAGUCCUUUGAUAACAUCCGGAACUGGAUUCGGAACAUUGAAGAGCACGCCUCUGCAGAUGUCGAAAAGAUGAUCCUUGGGAACAAGUGUGACGUGAACGACAAGAGACAAGUUUCCAAGGAGCGGGGAGAAAAGCUGGCCCUGGACUAUGGAAUCAAGUUCAUGGAGACAAGCGCAAAGGCCAACAUCAACGUGGAGAACGCAUUUUACACUCUCGCCAGAGACAUCAAGGCAAAAAUGGAUAAAAAAUUGGAAGGCAACAGCCCCCAGGGGAGCAACCAAGGAGUCAAAAUCACCCCAGACCAGCAGAAGAGGAGCAGCUUCUUCCGAUGUGUUCUUCUGUGA